CCCUAUCAACCAGCUAAAUUGUUGAAAUUUUUUUUGUAAAUUUGCAGUGCGACGCGACAGUUCAUUCCAAUCCAUGCCGAACUGAAUCUAAUUCAAUAACUUGGUGUCCAUUUCUGUGUGCAAUUAGUCGCAGCCCCCCACCCACAGCCAGUCCCCCAGAAUGAUUGAAGCAAGAAUUCAAAAGCUGGGGCCCAGCAUAGCUCUGCUAGCGAUAAUUCAUCUCCUCCAACAUCCAGCGGCCACAGAUGCGGCGGGAGCGGUGCCCAUGACCAGUGAAAACAUUGAUAUGACAUUAGCGUCUAAUGAAUUGGUUUUCCUUAAUUUUUAUGCCGAAUGGUGUCGUUUUAGUAAUAUCCUAGCUCCCAUAUUCAGCGAAGCUGCAGACAAGAUCAAGGCGGAAUUCCCCGAUGCCGGCCGUGUGGUGCUUGGCAAAGUGGAUUGUGACAAGGAGACAUCCAUUGCCUCACGGUUUCAUAUCAAUAAAUAUCCAACAUUGAAAAUUGUACGAAAUGGACAGCUUAGCAAGCGUGAAUAUCGCGGCCAGCGUUCGGCGGAUGCUUUCCUGGAGUUUGUCAAGAAACAACUGGAGGAUCCCAUACAGGAGUUUAAGUCGCUGAAGGAUCUGGAGAAUCUGGACUCUAAGAAACGCCUCAUAUUAGGCUACUUUGAUCGCAGGGAUCAGCCGGAAUAUGACACCUUCCGCAAGGUGGCUACAAAUUUGAAAGAAGAUUGCCAGUUCCAUGUGGGUUUCGGUGAUGCCUCACAGGCCAUGCAUCCACCUGGAACCCCCAUCAUUGUGUUUAGACCGGAUGUGGCUUUGUCGCAUGAGAACGAUGAGACCUACACUGGCAGCCUGCAAAAUUUCGAUGAACUAAAGAUAUGGAUACAGGAAAAGUGUGUGCCGCUAGUUAGGGAAAUCACCUUUGAGAAUGCCGAGGAGCUUACCGAAGAAGGACUGCCGUUCCUGAUUCUGUUUCACCGGCCAGACGAUCUCAACUCCAUCAAGGAUUACAAGUCCAUUAUUGAGCGGCAGCUGCUAGAUGAGAAACAGAAUGUAAACUUUUUGACGGCAGAUGGCAAGCGGUUUGCCCAUCCGCUGCACCAUUUGGGAAAGUCCGAGGACGAUCUGCCAUUGAUAGCCAUCGAUUCGUUCAAGCACAUGUAUCUGUUCCCCCACUUUAGUGAUAUGUACACGCCGGGCAAGCUAAAGCAAUUCCUCCAGGAUCUCUACAGCGGGAAGCUGCACAGGGAGUUUCAUUAUGGGCCGGAUCCCUCAAAUAAUGAUAUACAUCCUGAUCCACAUACCGGCAAAGGUACCUCACCGCCCGAAUCGAAAUUCAAGGAACUGGGCCCAUCCAAGCACCGCUAUACCCUGCUAGAAAAAGAUGAACUGUAAUAUUAACUAAUGUAUAUUCAAGAAAUAAUAUUAAAACAAAAAUUUUAUAAAAACAAAA